AUGGCCGAUAAUGCCAAUCGUCUAACACAGCAGACUCAAGCUUCUCCAUCCCAACCACAGCUUAAUGCAGCAUAUGAAGAGGCAGCAUCAAUCGCCAUAGAGCAUCACAAUACAAGCAGCGAUUAUAUUCCCCGCCCCAAGCGUAUCGCAUGCGUACUUUGCCGAAGGAGGAAGUUAAGAUGCGAUGGAAACAAACCCAGUUGCGGGAGAUGCUCUCGGUUGGGUCAUGAAUGCAUAUUUGAUGAAGUGCGCAAGAAAAGCGGUCCCAAGCGGGGUUACGUGAAGCAGCUUGAAGCACGUCUGGGUAUGUCCAUUGUCUGUCAAUACCUGACACUCGAUUUCUGA